AUGCGUCAAGAUGAAGGCGGUCGCGAAUAUAAUACAGGAGAGAAGGCUGUUGGAAGAGUCCAUCUGGAUCGUGCAGGAGCCAUGAGUGAAGAAGUAGUACGUUUCUACGUAGCAGAAAUAGCACUAGCAAUAGAUUACCUCCAUUCCAAGAAAAUAGUCCAUAGAGAUCUGAAACCGGACAACAUCCUUCUUGACGAGAAAGGACACGCUCACAUCACCGAUUUCAACAUUGCUGUUCACUUCUCGGAGCGUAGAUUGUUAACAGGUGUAGCCGGAAGUAUGGCUUACAUGGCCCCCGAGGUGUUAACGAAACGAGGAUACUCUGCACCUGUUGAUUUCUGGUCAUUGGGAAUAUUAGCAUACGAACUACUAUUCGGAAAGAGAGCCUUCCGCGGUCGAACCAAUACUGCCCUCACCAACUCCAUCCUCAAUGAGCAGUUGAUAUGGCCGGAAGAUGCACCAGGAAAGUGUUCUUCUGAUGGUAUGCAUGCGAUCCGAGGGUCCAAACGAGCAAAUUUCGACGCCACACACGAACUCGAAGAGCUAUUAUUAGAGGAAAACCCACUAAAAGCUAGGAAAAGAAAAGAAGGUCAAGACCUUGAGAUGAUGACUCCGGAAAUGCGCAUGAUGGAGGAGCACUUUAAAAUCUUUGAUUACACUAAAACUCAGAGACGCUCGUACUAUCAUCCGGCAGCGCCCGGUGCAGCAAACCAAACGACCUCGAGCGGGACCACUGCCACGGCGGUGUCGUCCCAUCUCUCCCCUAAAAUCAUUGACUCACGUCCAGGUACGCCAAGUGACAGAACGGGUCUGAUCAGUAAAACUGGACUAGACGUUGAAGGGCAAAUCCUCGAUGGUGGAGGAAUGGCAAAUCUCGGAGGUAGAGGGCUUAGAGUGUCGUCGCAAAUCGACACGAGACAAGACAGUGUAGAACUAAGACCUAGUCCUACCAAACUGGCGACACCAUUGCGGCAGUCAUCAACAGGUCCACCAACAGAAGAGAUGAAAGCUGUGGGUAGUGCUGUAUAA